AUGCCUCGUUUGGCCCGGUUCUGGGAUUCCUUGGAAAAUGAUAACUUAUUCGAUACAGUUCCUCAACCUCCAAAACCUACAGUAACCCGAUUCCAACAGCAAUGGCUGACAAGUCUUGCAAACGCUCGAGACGACGAGUUACAAACAAUUUUAUAUGCAAAACCACUUCUUCCAACACCUGAAUCAAUUGUACAAUUGCCCGAUGAGGAAUUUUAUGGAGCCAAGAAAAUCUCGGUCGGCUACAGGUGA